GCACUUUCGGUUUUAACUGAAACGCAACCACGGUUAACCGCAGCCGACGAGUACCCAAAAACAGCAACCGCCACCGACACCGAUCGACUUAUCGGUUAGCCGAAAACCGCCGUCGACGGUUUCGGGUCGGUGUCGCGGUUAGCUGAAGACCGACGGAAGGGAUGGGUUGACGGGAUGACGGCGAUUUCAGCUUCAGGGACGGCGGUGAGGAUGGAACAGGGCGAUGCAGGGGACGAUGACGGCGACCAAGGAUCGAUCUGCUGCAACUGCCGGCGACAGAGGAUCGAUCAAAUCGACCUGCUGCUACUGCCGCCUGACCUUCGAUCUGGAGGAUGAAGAAGGACGGGAUGGAGACGAGAUGGCGACGACGACCGGCGAUCGAUCUUCACCCCUGCAGCUACCCCUUCUCCUUCUUGGCCUUCGUUCGCUGGAUUUCGAUGGCGGACGGAGGGGUUGAGACUUGGAAUCGGAGGGAGAUUCGGGGAAAAAGAGCGGCGGGACGGUUACUCGGUGCACCGAGUUUAUCUCGGUUUCUCCACCUGCGGUUUUCGGUGAAUAGAAAUCACCAAAACAGCACACCGACACCGCCACCGAAGGCAAGCUAUCGGUUUUCGGUUCAGUUAAUAACCGUUCGGUUCGGGUCGGUUUUCGGUUUAGCCAAGAAACCGCCAACCAGAUUAUCACCCCUAGGUAUUCCUGACUAUCAAUUAUAAUUUUGUCCAUACGUAAAUUACCACUGGGGUUGGAUAAUCAUUUUCCUAAAAUUUAGGGGAGUCUCGAGACACCUCCAAAGACCCGUGGAUCCACUACCUGAAUUCAGUUGGCUGUUUAGAAUAAUUAAGAAGAAAUCUGGUGGUAUUUAUGGCAGAGACCAUGGAUAUCAUCUAUCAGAGUUUGUUUCACAUUAAUACAAAUAUUGUCAUAAAAUUAUACAUGCAUCUAGAAUCAAAACCUUUGCAUUCUGCGGUAUUACUUCCCCAUCCACCCCAAAAGAAGAUGAGUUGUUUAUAGAAAUUUGGCUAAGGUGCUUGUAUCGUGUGGAGAAAGGUUCAUACAAUAUGUUAUAGUUGUUGGAUGCUUGUCGAUUGUUGAUGGAUAUCUUAUUUAUAAAGUUGACACUGUAUUUAUCUAAUGAUAGUAAAACAUGUUAUACCGUAUAUACUUACUAGUGAUCAUGCCACAAGAAGAUUCAAGAUUUACAAGAUAAAACUAUACUGGAUAGGAUCGUCCAAUCAUCUUGGGAGGCCCUGUUCAAACAAUAAUAUGUGGUUCACAUUUUUUGAUUUAAGAAUAUGAAGUUUUUUAACUAUCUUAGAAGAUAGCUUAUAAAAUAUAAUUGUUCGUGUUAUAGGUGGUAGUUUGACUCAUUGGAUGUUCAAUGACUAAAGUACCAUUAUUCAUUCCAAAAGCAUCAUUAUGAAAAAUAAGUUUUUAUACACCGGGAGUUAAAGGGUCACUGGAAGUUUAAAAACUAAAUUUUGAAAAUAUUGAAGUGAUGGACUAAGUUGAUAUUUUAGCCACGAUAAAUUAAACAACUGAGUUCAUGUAAUUUAAAUGGACACACUUUAAGUUUAUUAAAGCAAGUGAAAUAUUGAUCAAUUGGAUUGUUAAAGUCAAAUUUACCAAGUUAAAUUAAAAAAAUUGAUAUGAAAAAAUAUUUGCCAAAAAAUAAAAAGGAUGGAAUAACUAAUAUUAGAACCUAUGAUCAAGUAUGCAUUAUCCAACUAGGCUAAAAAACAUUAAUGUUCUUUAUUUUCACUACACCUUAUAUGGAUGAAGUUUUCGAGAACCCGAAGCCCCCAAUCUCUGACACGAUUUCAUCAUUAAAUUGGAGGUCUUAUGCUGUAAGAUCGGCCACCAAAUGCUAAUGGCAGGUGCUGACAGCGUGACACUAAUGAGAGGAUCCUUCAUAAGCACUAGGCUCUUUGGCAAUCUACAACAACUAAAAAAUCUCAAAAGUGUCAAAUAACCCCUCUAACAACCUAAAAUUCCAAAUUUAGAGGCCAAAUUUGUCCCAGAUGAGACAAAAGGGGCUAGAUUGCCAAACCCCACCCGCAAACGGUAACAGAUCAGGUCAGUAACUCUAUGGUCAGUAACCAUGAGUAACCUGUCCACAUCAACAUGACAUCAGUAUUUUCUCUCUCCUGAAAAGUCUUUUAUCUUUUCCCUUUUAAUCUUUAACGGACGAUUUCUUUCUCGUUUUCAGUCGAAAUUUAAUUUUAUUUUGCACAGAUAAAUCAGAUUAAAUGUG